UGAUCUAUUGGUUGCGUCAGUAGUUCAAAUGCCUUUCACCCGUAGACCAUUUUUUUAUCUGUUUUGCACAAUAUUGCGAAAUACGUCGGUGGCACAAGAAAAAUGUCGUGUUGCCUCUUCGAGUGCAGCGUAGUGUUCCCAGCCGACGCGGACAAAGAUCGUUGCGCCGAGGAGCCCAUACUCGGCUACGAGAACGAUGUGGAGUACCGCAAGCUCAAGUGCACGUUGUCCAUCGCGAAAAUACUGUCGUCACUUCGCCGACUGCGCUACUGGAUGUGCAGUAAGGGAACGUGCAGGAGAUGCCGCAAGUGUUGUUGGAUUACGUCAAUUUUCAUAUUAAUUUUGCUGACGAUAACGUUCAUCACGCUGUUUGUUUUAUUACCAUUGCCGUUUAAAAACUCCAUUGGAUUCCAACGCAGCUUGAUUUUCAAUCCAGACACUGGUCCUCACAGUGACUACGAUGUCUCGGGCAAAAGCAGCGGACGUAAUUUUACCAAUCAGUAUGUGACUGUGAAGAAGAACUUGCGAAUCGGACUGUGGAAUGUAACAUACGCCGAUUAUUAUUAUCGCACUAAACCGACCCUCAUCCACUUUCACAAUCAAAAUGGCGAUCGGUUCAAGUACAAAAAUUUCUACAGCGUCUACGCGAUGCAGUUUCAUGUUAUUGCUUUCGACUACAGAAGCUACGGAGAUUCGUCGACGUUCGAUUUAGUCGAAGACGGACUUGUCGACGACGCCGUCCACAUCUACAGGUGGGUGCUUAACAGGACCAAGGGAGACGUCUACGUUUGGGGCGAUCAACUCGGCGCCGCAAUCGCGACGCACGCCGUCGCGCGGUUGCGAAACGAAGGCGUCGUUCCCACCGGUUUAAUUUUGGAAAAUCCGUUCACGUCGCUCUCCGACUGGAUCGGCUACUGGUACUGGCCGUUGGGAAGGAUUUUUUCGUGGAUGCCGUGGUACGACGCGUUCGUGACCGAGCCUCUGAUCGAGAACGGGCUAAGUUUCAAUACGAGCAGCUACAUUCGGAAUGUCGAUUGUCCGAUACUCGUUUUAAAUGCGGGGUACGAUAAGGGUUGGUCUAAACUUAUAGAUAAGGUGUCUGAGGCGGCGGCCGAUCGUGAUGCGGUAUCGCAGGGAUCUGUAAGUGUGAAAGAUGUCUAUUGGAGUUCGGGCGGUUACUAUGACGGUGACAGCACAUAUAAGAAUGGUGAGAUUAGCGAUUUUGUGGCCGAGUGCAGCAUUUUUAAGCAAAAUGAGAGUGUAAAACACUGAGAAGGCUUUUAAUUUUUAAUUAUACGUGUAUAUGGUUGUGUAGGUAGACGAGAUAAGUUGUUGAUUAUUGAAAUUAAAUUUUACAUUUUUAAAAUGA